AUGUCUUUCCUCGUCUCCCUCUGCAACCUUCUCAAACGCGGCUUAGACGCCCUUUCGCAAGGCCGUCCGAUCCCAGCCGGGGUGCGAAUUCGCUUCGCCGGCCGGGCAGAUGAUUUCAGGGAGAUUCCUUUGGACCCGGGACAGAGCCACCCUACAGUCAACUACGGGGCGCCUACCUCCCUACUUACGAUACAACUGUCCGGCGGGAAAUGCCUCACCGCCGCCUUCUCAGAUGCCAUUCUCUGCCUGCCGAACGCACUGCUCGUUGAGCCUCUACGCAUGGUCCUCUCGAACGACACAUCGGCCGUGAUUUCAGAGCCCACUCUGACAAUAUACUGGUCCCAUGCCUACGAUGCAUAUGGCAGAACCCAUCUGUAUCGAGCGAAGUUCCGCGAUACUCAGGAUUUAUGGGCGUUCGCCGAGUGCUUCAGGCGAAACAGUCUCGAAGCGCCAUCUGACAAUGCCGCCAUCGACAUGGAGUAUGUUGAGGAUGAACUGGUCGAAAUAUGCAGGAACUUCGAGGCUUGCUUAACACAGUACGGCUCAUUCGAUGAUGACGAACAGGCGUGGGGCAAUAUCUGCCAAGCCUGCUGGAGUGCAUCCGUUCAGUUUGUCCUGCUGUACGUAGUAAUCGCGGCCUGCCAAGCCGUCGGGGUAGUUAUACUGUGA